AUGGUCACAGGCAUGUCGGAUGCUAUGAAAAGCCGUAGUUCCGCCAUCAAGCGCAUCAUGUCAGAAGUUAGAGAGUUGCAAAAUGAUGAUACACCAGAUUUUUCUGCUGCUCCAACGGAAGAUAAUUUGUUCGAAUGGCACUUUACAUUGCGAGGACCACGAGACACCGUUUUUGAAAAGGGGCUCUACCAUGGCAAAUUGACACUGCCCUCGGAGUACCCAUUCAAAGCGCCACAUGUGAUAUUUCUUACACCUAAUGGCCGGUGGUCUGUUGACACCAAAGUAUGCGUCACAUUUACCGGCUUUCAUGAGGAGUCUUGGCAGCCUGCCUGGGGCAUUCGGACGGCUUUAUUAGGUAUUCAAGCGCUCAUGACUUCCAAGGAAGAUGAGGCUGGAUAUGGAGCUGCAAGUAUGAAUGACGAAGGUCGAAAACUUCUAGCUGAAAAGUCUUGGACCUGGACAUGCCCAUUGUGUCAAAAAUCCAAUGCAGAGCUACUUCCUGGGGAGCCGAGUCGAGCACCCAACACAGCACCACCUACCGCGUUGCCAGCUUCCGUGGUAUCUGAAAGGAUUGAAGAGCCAGCAACGUCUCCAAGCCAUUCAAUUCCUCCUGUCAGAGAGGAGCCUUUUUCCAAAGAAUCGAUGCCAGCCUCGAAUCCUCAAGCUUCUACACCGUCUAUCGCUCCAUCAGCCAUGGAGGAGGCAACCCCAAGUAUGGCGGAAUUGCUUCAUGCAAGAGCAGAGUCGUAUCGGCGCACUAUCAGCAUGAUUGAUUCCCUCAUGGGACUUAUAUGUGUUAUGCUUUUCCUGUUAGUGCUGAAGAAUAUGUAA